AUGUCUCACCCAUCAGAGAACUUGCAAAGUACAGUCCACCAGCAUGAGAAGAGAGUGGAGGGUGACACACCCGUUUCCGACGAGGGAACCUAUUACGACAGCUCCAACAACGGGCACGGAAAUCACCUUCGGGUAGAUACCUCUUACGACUAUGAUCGCUCGGCCUUGCGCUCACCCGCCACCGCACGAGAAGAGUCAAUGCGUCUAGAAGAUGAUUUGGCUGUGCUCGAGGCCGAGCGCAUGGCGUCCCGUUCCACCACACAGGAGGGAUCAAUGAGGCAGGGCGAAGACGACGGUGCCUCUAUGGCCCGAUCCCGUUCUCGUCCGUCGCAGCACGUUGUUGAUGAGUUUGACGAAGCCACCAACCCGUUGCACGAGAAGGCUGCCGUUUACAAUCCUCCCGAGAACCCCAAUACCAACAUCGCCCGGUUCAUUAAGAAGCUUCACGAGUCGAGUUUCAUUGUGCGCUAUUUCACUUACAUUGUACCCCUGGUCUUGAUCCUCUUGAUCCCUCUGCUUGUUGGCGCUCUAGCUUUCCCUGAUGCCAAUGUUGGAGGAGUUAAGUUACUCUGGUUCUCAGUCUGGUUGGAGAUUGUCUGGCUGACCCUCUGGGCCGGAAGGAUUGUCUCGAAAUGUAUUCCUGUUCCAGCUGGCUGGAUGGCGAGUAUUUUCACCAACAACUCGAAAAAAUGGCGUGAUAUGGCUAAACAGCUGGAGCUACAUGGUACCUUGUUCUUCUGGUGGUUAGGUGUCGAAAUAUCGUUUCUGCCCACCAUGAAGAACCAUCAUGUCGACGGAAGUCAUGGCACAAAGUCUUGGGAGAAUACAGUCAACAAGAUUAUCAUCUCCAUCUUUGUUUGGACGAUUUUGAACCUCGUCGAGAAGGUUAUCAUCCAGUUCAUUGCCAUUAGCUUCCACACUCGUACCUAUGCGGAUCGUAUUGAGAUCAACAAGUUUCAGAUUGGCAGUUUGACCAAGCUCUAUGACUUCUCCAGACGCAAGAUUACAGCUAAAGAUACCGAGUUCGAAGAUAAGGGUCAACCCGCCGCCAGUGGAUUGAAGACCCCACUGCAUUAUGCCGGCAAAGCUGGACGCUUGGCUAAAGGUGCUCUGAACAAGGUGGGUGAUGUGGCCGGAGCUGUCGCCGCUGAUUUCACUGGCCGCACCGUCAACAACAGCACUCAUCCAUAUCAGGUGGUGCUGACCCUGUUGCGAACAACAAGUGGCUGCCAGGUCCUGGCCCGUCGUCUCUAUCGCACUUUGGUGCGCGAUGGUUUCGAAACCGUUUUUUCUGGAGAUCUCAAGGAAGCUUUCGACAAUAAUGAAGAGGCGGAUGCUGCAUUUACCAUGUUCGACAAGGAUAUGAACGGAGAUAUUUCAAUGGAAGAGCUAGAAGCUGUCUGCGUGGAGAUUGGACGAGAGCGCAAGGCCAUCACCGCAUCAUUGAAGGAUUUGGACUCGGUAGUCGGCAGGCUCGAUAAUAUCCUGGAAUUUUUCGUGAUCAUCAUUACCGUGAUCGUCUUUCUGACCCUGAUCUCGACAUCCGCCGCUGGUGUGCUCACGUCUGCCGGGUCGAGUAUUCUGGCUUUGUCGUGGCUUUUCUCUGCCACCGCGCAGGAAUUUCUCCAAUCAAUCAUCUUUGUUUUCGUGAAGCACCCAUUUGAUGUCGGUGACCGUGUGACCGUUUAUGGUAAUGCAGGUGAUGCCGGUCUCGGUGAUGACUACUUCGUCAAGCAGAUCUCGCUUCUGUAUACGGAGUUCAAGAAAAUGCAGGGUCAUGUCGUGCAGGCUCCCAACAGUUACCUUAACGGGUUGUUCAUUCUGAACCAACGUCGGUCCGGUGCGUUGGCGGAAGCAGUGCCCAUUGUCAUCAAAUAUGGUACUACUCUCGAGCAGAUUGACGCUCUUCGCCAGCGGUUAUUGGAGUUUGUCCGCAGCGAACGCCGUGAAUUCCAGACCAACAUUCUCACCGAGAUGCGUACCGUUACGGAGAACUUCUCAGUGACCCUCAAUAUUGUCUUCUUCUACAAGUCGAACUGGCAGAAUGAGGGCCUGCGUCUGCAGCGCCGCAACAAAUUCAUCUGCAUGCUGAUGGUUGCCCUGCAAGAGAUCGGUAUCGAAGGACCACGCAUGAACCUCCAGGGUGCCCGGGUCGAUAUCCCCUUCCAUAUCGCCGGGUUUCCGCAGCCAAACAUGCCGGCCACGCCUGGCAGCAGGGAUGGCCACCCUCCCCCAACUCCUAUUGGCGACCACCAGGGCUCUUUCCCUGAGUUUGCUGGGUCCAAUGGCGCCACGCGCCAUCCAUCUAUUCUUCGCAAAGGCAUGAACACCGCUGCAGCCAGGGCUCGCGGUGACUCCAUGCUUUCCCGUAAGCACGUGGACUUCUCCCUCGGCAUGCGCGAUGUCUCCUCCGGCGACGUCAUGGGCGACGUCUUCGAAGAUCGCCGAACCCGGGUCGAAGAUAUUGUCCGAAGCGCCAACCGGGAAAAUACCGAGCGUCGCAUCCAAGAAGAAGAGGAAGAAGAAAGCGAGCGCCAGAGCCGGGUCUCUUCCUCCCGCCGGCGCAGCAACUCCAACUUGAGCGUCCCGUCCACUUCGCGCGCAGGUCGCCGAUCGGUCGACUCCCAAGGUGGUCACAGUGUGACCUCGAUCACCCACAAUCGCUUCUUCCGGCAUCAUCGCAGCAGCAUCAGCCGCGAACCCGAUGAUCUGAUGGAGCAGGGCCGCUCAGCGCAGGGUGCUAGCACGUCUGCCACGGGCUCCGAUCUCCACCCCAGCGUUUCUCCUAGCGAGAAACAGUAA